AAACGUGUUUUGAUUGCGAUCACCCUGACCUAGAGGCAUGGAAAGGACAAUAAAAUGCUGAGAUUUGAUUACAAAUUGAUGAAAUAAUUGGACAUUUGGAGGCAACAACACAGGCGGUCGAUGGAAAGCGUGAACGAGCAGUUCUUGGCCGACACGCCGAAAAAUCUGCCCUUCUGCCGAAGUCGGUCGGUGGGUCUGCGUCGGCGAGCGAUGAUGGCACCUUCAACCUCAACACCGUUGACCAACACCAAGGCAAAAGAGCCUCUCGCACCGAUCGAGAAUAACCAGAACGAGCAAGAUUUAGACGAAACCCAAAAAUCUGACGAGCCGUCGUUCUUGAUGACAAGCACAGACUGGGAUCUGUUGGAAGCCGAGGCAAUUAAUAAAAGCAAGCAGCCGAGAGACACUUUGGCCGCCUUGGACGACGCCUCUUAUCUCUCAGUUUCCAGUUCCAUGUUGACCCCUGGCGAAGGUCUGAAACCUCUGGAGGUUGAUGACCUCAAUACCCUGGAAAGAUGCAUUCUUCUGCCAGCGGAGGGAACAAAACCGGAGUUUGAGUCGCCAGAAUCCUGCUCAUCAUCAUCUCAGAAGCCACAAAAAGCAGCCUCAUUGGUAGUUCCUAAAAAACUCUUCGACGAAGAUGCCUCAAGCCUUGACGAUUUAGAACUUAGGAAGUCCCCCGUCAUAACCUACAAACGCCGCUUUCCUCAGCGAAGAGACAGCGCUUUGCUGAAAAAACCAAAACCCUGUCCCACUGUCGAAGCUCCUCAACCCUCAAUGUGCAGCACACCCAUAGCUUCGAAAUCUGUUGCCGUCUUCGAGGAGCCUUCGGUUGUCAAUAAUGAGAGCGAGGAGGAGGACAGUCUGCUGUUUGAACUCUGUGAUGAGAUUGAAAAAUCUGUACAAAGAGAGAAGAGUUUAAAAGAAAGUUAUGCCAGUAAAAAGGAGCAAAAGAAACAAGACCCGAAUUCCAGCAUCAAGAUUUUCGGUGGCUUUAGCACGGCCAGCGGGGCAAAAAUUGCCGUGUCGGAGAGUUCGACUAAGGCUGCUGAAACUUUGCUGGCCAUGUUUUUGGAAGAGGAUAUUCCAGAUGAAUGAUUUUAAACCGAGAUAAUACCUCAGAGAAAUAGGGACUGAAAAAAACAUUUAUUUUCAUUUAUUACAGAAAAAAAUAUCCUUACAAGCAGUGUGAAUAAUUGUAAAAUUGUAACAGAGUUACUCUUAUUAUAUAAAUAAUGUUAAUUACAUUGAACCAUUUAUUUUGAAAAUUUGUGAUGUGAUGUAAUAAAAAUAGGUUUA